AUUUGGAUUGUCUUGCAGCGAUCGAGAUUGUUCAAGAAUGGAAUGUUUUGGCCAUAUCUGUUUAGACUUCGUUUGAGAUGGACUGCUAUACUUGACUACUAAACCACAAUUGUGAAGAAUCGAAUCAACCACUCGAAGGAUGCAAGGCGAAGCAGAUGAAGAGGAAGAUGGGAAAGAGUCACUAUGGCGUAGAUGGAUAUAGAUUGAUACGAUGGACACCUCAAAUAUCAUAUUAUCUCAUACUCCCUCCUGGCUUCAAACUUCCUGGAGCUUCAUUGACUUUAGACUCGCCUUCUCCACGUGCAGACCUCGUUCCCUCAUAUACCACCUCUGGAGCCAAUUCGUAUUCCUAUUCAGAGGCUGGGAAUCACAGGAAUGCCCCAUGGUUCUCUCAAUCCGCCAUACCGAGACCCAACGUCGUGACAUCACCCUUCCCAACGGAUGUGUUCAUCGGAUACCUUUCUGCACAUUCCAAUCCAACAAUCCCAUUCUAUCCAGCCAGAGCUCCCAGAGCUUCCUCCACUCGGGGGGCGACCCACCUCUCUUUUUCCGCGGUCCCCGGGUAUGGACGCGAAAAGACCAUCGGCUUGUCUUCCCCCCAGCCUCAAUCACCCGUGGUCCGCCCCAAAGCUAGAUUCGUUCCAUACCCCUCAUGGUCAGAUGCCCGGCAGAUUUUGUUGCGAGUAUGUCCCCCCGCUCAAAAAGAAAGAGUGAGUGAGUGAGUGGUCGCGACUCGACCCUUCAGAAAUGCUUUCUGAUGUAAUUGAAUUCGCGUUGGUCCAAGUCUAGACUGCUCUGUCCGACGAGUCAGAUGUUCUCGCUCUGCCAAAUAACAGCGAGAAGGAAAAGAAAACAAUCUUCGAUCGGCGGCCCCCUGCCUUCCUCU